AUGACUAGGCAAGGGGUGCAGCGGAUGACUGAUGAUGUCGAAUGUACGGCUGUCUUACAGGAAGCGAAUACUUUGGUCUGGGCGAAUGCCAUUCAUGACAUGAGCAUUGCAUUGGUCCAUGCCAAAGUGUCAUCCUAUGGGCCACCACCUGGACCAAUUCCGGACCUUUGCUUUGUUGAGGCAGCAGUCGCGCUGACUUCCCAUCCAGAAUCGGUCAAGCUAAAGGAUUGGCAGGGUUUUUGUGUCCUGGUGGAACGACUCCUAGAUUCUGAUGACUUCGUCAAGUAUGUAUCGAAUGGUGCCCCCAAACCGGUCGAAGAUGUUUCCGAAGAUCAUCUUGCCAUCACCACAUUUUUAUGCUUCCUGCAGCACCUCCAAUACUCUCAGACAUUGGGAAAGUGUUUUGUCUUGGAUUAUCAAGGUACUUCCAACAUCUCCUUUUCAGUAAUGGGUUAUUGA